AUGGAGGUUCGCAAGGCCUUUUACCGCGCCGCCAAGGCGCGGCAGUUCCAGGCGGCGUGGGACCUGCUCGCGUCGGCCCGCCGGUCGGGCGUCGCCGACAAGCACAUGUACGGCGUCGGCCUCUCGAUCGCGUCCUCCGCUGGCCGUACCGGGUGGGUGGAUGCCCUGUGGCGGGAGCUGCGGCAAGCGCCUGAGCUGCGGCGAACGCGCGAGCGGCAGCCGAGCGAAGGCCAAUCCGCCAGGCUCAACGCGCCGCUCUGCACCGCUCUCAUCACCGCGUUCGGGAGCGACCGGGACGGCUCGCGGCUGGGCAGCUGCCGCGCAGUGCUGCAGUGGGCGGUCGAGCACGGCAUCGCAAACACCACCACGUACAACGCCUUUCUGCACUGCGCGAGCCGCUCAAUCGGAGGAACGGCGUCGGCGCGGCGCGGCCGGCGGCGCGGCGGCGCGGCAGCGAGUGACGAUACGUCGGCGACUGACGCGGCCGCCCUGGCAGUGGCGAUGACGGACCAGGCGCUGGCCCAGAUGGGCAACGCCCUCAUCGCCGCGGCGGCGCGCGCGGGCGACGCGGUGCUCGCACUCGACACGCUGGCCUCGCUCGGCGACGCUGCGUCGAUCGUCUCGUACAACGCGGCGCUGCAGGCGCUGGUCAAGAGCGACCAGUCGCUCGACCGCGUCGCCCACGCGCUCGAGCUGCGGCGGGCGAUGGCCGAGGCGGGGCUGGCGGAGGACGAGGCCUCCGUCUCGAGCUUGCUCGCCAUCUUCGGCGACGGCCCACUCGGCGAGGAGCUGCUCGCCGAGCGGAGCUUGCAGCAGCAGCAGCAGCAGCAACAACAACACCAGCAGGGCCAACCGCAGGGGCAGCAGCAGCAGCAGCAGCAGCAGCAGCAGCAGCAGCAGCAGCAGCAGCAGCAGCAGCAGCAGCAGCAGCAGCGUGCGACGCCGUGGGCGAGCGACGGCGGCGUCGAGCCGUCGACACCAGAGCGGCAGCCGCGCGGCGUGCUCUCCUUCCCCCUCUCCUUCCCCCUCUCCUUCACCGCCACCGGCGUGAAGCCCGCGUCGGGUCGUACGUACUUUGAGCUGCCUGGGAGAUACUCGCGAGUGGUGUACUCAAGCAGAGAGGUGGACUCAAGCAGGCACGGGAUGCGCCGCGCUCCGGACGGGUCGCUGCACGCGCUCACGGCCGCCUUCCUCAGCGGCGCGAGCAUCGGGCGGCUCGAGCGCGCGGCGGCGAACGAGACGGUCGCGCAGCGGACGCAGACCAUUCUGAAGGGGUCGCUCGUCCGCGUGGGCCUCGCGCUCAGCGCGGUGGCGGCGGUGAGCCUGAUCCCGAGGCUGGCGGCGCUCGUGUGA